AGCCAUAUAAAUCCCCACACAGGAACACAUUAAUAUCUGUACACGGAGUAGUAGUGUUCACAUUUUAUCACUCACCGUCCUUCCUCGCUCGCGUCGCAUAAAAACCCUAGCUGGUCGCUACAGAAUCUCACAGAAACCCUCGCCAUCCAUGGAUAUCGAGGAGGAAAUCCGAUCGUUACAGCUUGAUUCGGAAGCAGAAGAUAAUGGGGCUGUUAAGCCAGACGAAGCAAUGCCGGAAGUAGAGAACGAGAGUAAGAUGGAGGAAGAUCCCAGGGAAGAGAUUCAUACGCAGUCUGAUCAGUCAGUUGUAGUUGAGCAUAAAGGGAAAGCGAAGGAAAUCCCAGAGCCUGAAGAAGAACAUGAUGACAUUGAAUUAGAUAGGAAGAGGCACUUGAAUGUUGUUUUUAUUGGCCAUGUUGAUGCUGGAAAGUCCACAACAGGAGGCCAAAUUCUUUUCCUUAGCGGUCAGGUUGAUGAUCGUACGAUCCAAAAAUAUGAAAAAGAAGCAAAGGACAAAAGUAGGGAAAGCUGGUAUAUGGCAUAUAUUAUGGAUACCAAUGAGGAAGAGAGAGAGAAGGGUAAAACAGUUGAAGUGGGGCGGGCCCACUUUGAAACCGAAACAUCAAGAUUUACGAUUUUGGAUGCACCCGGCCACAAAAGUUAUGUUCCAAAUAUGAUCAGUGGUGCAUCUCAAGCUGAUGUAGGAGUACUGGUAAUUUCUGCUCGGAAAGGAGAAUUUGAAACUGGGUAUGAGAGGGGUGGGCAGACCCGUGAACACGUUCAACUUGCUAAGACAUUGGGUGUGUCUAAGUUGCUUGUUGUUGUGAAUAAAAUGGAUGAUCCCACUGUGAACUGGUCAAAAGAAAGGUAUGAUGAAAUUGGGUCAAAGAUGGUGCCAUUCCUUAAAGCAUCAGGCUACAAUGUGAAAAAAGAUGUGCAAUUCCUGCCUAUAUCUGGCCUGAUUGGUUUAAAUAUAAAAACCAGAUUGGAUAAAAGUGUUUGUUCGUGGUGGGAUGGUCCCUGCCUUUUCGAAGUCCUUGAUUCUAUUGAAGUUCCUCUACGAGAUCCUAAAGGUUCAUUCAGGAUGCCUAUCAUAGACAGAUUCAAGGACAUGGGAACAGUUGUUAUGGGCAAAGUGGAAUCUGGGUCAGUGCGUGAAGGGGAUUCGUUGGUUGUCAUGCCAAAUAAGGUUCCAGUGAAGGCUGUUGCUCUAUACAUUGAUGAUGAUAGGGUGAAACGUGCGGGCCCCGGUGAAAAUCUACGGGUUAGAAUAUCGGGCAUUGAGGAUGAAGAUAUAUUGUCAGGCUUUGUCUUGUCGAGUGUUGCAAAUCCAAUACCUGCUGUAACAGAAUUUUUCGCCCAGUUGCAGAUCCUUGAACUGCUGGACAAUGCAAUCUUGACGGCUGGCUAUAAAGCUGUCCUGCAUAUUCACUCGGUUGUUGAAGAAUGUGAGAUUAUUGAGCUUGUAAGUCAAAUGGAUCCGAAGACGAAGAAACCUAUGAAAAAGCAUAUUCGUUUUGUCAAGAAUGGUGCCGUUGUUGUGUGCAAGAUUCAGGUCGGUAACAUGAUCUGCAUCGAGAAGUUUGCAGACUUUCCACAACUUGGAAGGUUUACUCUUCGUACCGAAGGAAAAACUAUUGCAGUUGGAAAAGUGAUUGAUCAACCUUCAAAUUACCGCAACAGAUCAAGUGCUUAAACAAUUUUGGUCUUGAGGAGCUGGGUCAGUAGGACGGACUGCGUGGCAGCUUGAUGCGUUUGAAGUCAGCGCAGCAUCAACUACAAUGCAAAAUGAAUGGACUCUGAUAUCAGGUUAAUAUCGUUCGUAGAUUUACGCAGUCGUAUAGUGCUGCUGGGUGCUCAUGUACUCUGGAGUGAGCUUUUGCAGGGUACGGCGAUAUUUUUUAUAUUUUAAGAGUGUAAAGUAGUAGUAUUGAAUCGAGCCACCCAUUACUGGGUUAAUAGAUCGAUUAAAAUUCUGAUUGAUCAGUUCGUUUUGUUAAUGUUUCUUAUGAUUGGUGGAUUUUUGUUUUUCUUGUUUGUACCAACUCCGUAAGUUCAGUCUAUUUCGUUCUGGUUUAAAUGAAUGCGAGAAACAAAUCGUUUUUGUC